CUUUAAAAUCAGUCUGACCUCUCUCAACAUCUAUACGUCCUGAAAACUCUACCCCCAAUAUCGGCCCAAACAUUAAUAACAAACGCGGGAGGCUGAUUGCCGGAGACCUGCGCAUGCUAUAAACAAUAAGCAACGCGGCAGCAACAAAAACGAUAACGCUGAAACAAAACAACGGCGCCCAGCACGGCCAGCAGGCGGAUUCGCUCGAGUAGACAAAAUGCCCAAAGGCAUUUGAGUGCGAAGCGCGCACACACGGCAGCCCGGAGUACGGCGGCAAGAAUAUCACUCAUACGACCCCUUGGCCAGUGCGGAAUGAGCAAACGAGUGGAAAAAUCAUCACACCGCCGCUGAGCGUGUGAGUGUGAGUCGAACGGCGAACGGCGGGCACUAAACUUAGCCGGCGCUUACUUUAAACGCUCAGUUGCCGAGCGGCCCCUGAGUGAAGCGCAACGUCAGCCUUAGAUUCUCAGGCUGGAAAUUCUUUCCCUCGGUCCGCUGACUUUUUUUCAAUUAAACCGCAUCUGUGAAAUUGGAGCAGCAACAAGUGAUGUGACAUUCCUAUGCGCGAGUGAACGCAAAUAAGUUCAAAUAGUUCCGCCUUAGAAGCGAGAAAUACAAAUUAAAGUUAUUAAGCAACAGCCGGCCGAUACAAGUGCUGCCGUUACGCAUUCGCCCCAUUGUCCAGCCGCGAUUUUAUAGAUUUUUUACGUCUGGUGCCUGGGAUUUUCAACAGAUUGCGGAUUGUGUUUUGUGUACUUUUUAGUUUUGCCCAUAUAGACACAUAAAACCGGAAGGGAAUUGAUUUAGAAUUGAUUCCUUGCAGCGCCGUGAGACCACAGCAAGAUGUCAUUCGAUAUAGCAGUGGCCGAUCAGAUGCGCAUAGCGCUAAACUACGUCAAGUUCAAGACUAACCAGCAGCGCCUGCGCAGCAAUGACAAGGUCAUCGCCGACACGGUCUAUGGCAAGAUCAAGGGGGUGAAGUGGCAGUCGAUUUAUGGCAACAACUACUACAGCUUCGAGGGCAUCCCCUUUGCCAAGCCCCCGCUGGGCGAGCUCCGCUUCAAGGCGCCCGUGGAGCCCGACCACUGGACCGAGGUGCGGCGCUGCACCCGGGUUCGCUCCAAGCCCUGCCAGGUGAACAUAGUGCUCAAGCAGGUGCAGGGCAGCGAGGAUUGUUUGUAUCUUAACGUGUAUACAAGGGAGUUACAUCCACACAAACCCUUGCCAGUUUUGGUGUGGAUUUAUGGCGGUGGCUUCCAAAUGGGUGAAGCCUCGCGGGAUCUGUACAGUCCGGACUAUAUAAUGAUGGAGCACGUGGUCCUAGUGGUGAUAUCUUAUAGGCUCGGUGCUCUAGGCUUUCUUAGCCUUGAGGAUGAAGAGCUGGAUGUGCCGGGAAAUGCAGGCUUGAAGGAUCAGGUUAUGGCCCUGCGCUGGGUGAAGAAAAAUUGCCACUUCUUUGGCGGUGAUCCGGAGAAUAUCACUAUCUUCGGAGAGAGUGCAGGCGGCGCCUCCACCCACUACAUGAUGCUGACGGAUCAAGCCAAGGGACUCUUUCACAAGACCGUGAUCAUGUCCGGCUCGGCUCUGGCGCCCUGGGCCCAGACGCCCACUCAGAUAAACUGGGCCUAUCGCCUGGCCCAGGCCACCGGCUACUCUGGAGACCAGAACGACCGCGAGAUAUUCGCACAUCUCAAAAAGUGCAAGGCGAGCAGCAUGCUGAAGGUGGCCGAGGACAUCAUCACCAUGGAGGAGCGCCAUCAGCGCCUGACCAUGUUCUGCUUUGGCCCAACCAUCGAACCCUAUCAAACGCCACACUGUGUGAUCCCGAAAUCGCCGCUCGAGAUGAUGCGCAACUGCUGGGGCAACAGUAUUCCCAUGGUCAUUGGCGGCAACUCCUUCGAGGGACUCCUGAUGUUCCCCGAGGUGAACAAGUGGCCGGAGCUUCUCUGUCAAUUGGGAGACUGCGAGAACCUGGCUCCCGCGGAUGCCCAUCCGAAUGAGGAGCAGAGGAAGGCCUUUGGUAGAAGGGUAAGGGAGGCAUAUUUUGGCGACAGGACGCCCAGCAGGAAGACCAUCUUGGAGUACAGUGAUCUCUUCUCGUACAAAUAUUUCUGGCACGGUAUCCACCGGACCCUGCUCUCUCGUGUCCACCAUGCUCCGCUAGCGCCAACUUUCCUGUACCGCUUCGAUUUCGACUCCAAGCAUUUCAACAUAAUGCGGAUCAUCACCUGCGGCCGCAAGGUGCGCGGCACCUGUCACGCCGACGACCUUUCCUACCUGUUCUACAAUGCCGCGGCCAAGAAGCUCAAGCGCCGUACGGCCGAGUUCAAGACAAUACGACGUUUGGUUUCAAUGGUCGUCCAGUUCGCCAUAUGCGGGGAUCCCAAUAUCCCGAUGGUCACUCACGACGAAAAGCAGGCUCACGAGGGGGCGUGGCUGCCCAUCUCGCGGGAGGAUGCUGUGUUCAAGUGCCUAAAUAUAUCGAAUGAUGUGCAAGUGAUAGAUUUGCCAGAGGCCGAGAAGCUGCGGCUGUGGGACAGCAUCUACGAGAAAAGACUCCUCUAUUGAAGGGCCAUUCAGUACCAUCUCCGUGUAUCCUUGGUAGCACCUCCCAUUUAGCCUUAGCGAUACUUAGCCAUAGAUUUAGCCCCUAAGCUGGCCCUGGGGUGGCUUUAAAAGCACAUCAAAUGUACACAUGUAAAUAGCGAUUUUUUAAAGCUUAGCCGUAAGAGUAAAUACAGAAAAAUAUAAAUACAAACACGAGGGGUUUUUGCAUAAUAUGUUUGCAUAAAAACUGGCUAUCAAAGCCUUUAAAAAGUGUGUGAUCUUUUUUUAUUAAAGCAAAAUAUCUCUUAUAACGUUUUUUCUACACUUUUUAAAAGGAUUAAAUUUGUUUAAGGUUCUAAUAUUACACACUCAAGUUGGUUUAAACUAAAAUAAAUUCUGAUAAA